AUUUGGGGAUCUGAGCAGAGGGGGAAGCCAUCUAAAAGCUGCUGUUUCACGAGGUCUGGGCACAGAGCUGCCCCUCCCUUCCUCCCUGAAGUUUGCAUGAAGUGCAUGUUAGGCUGUAAUUAGGGGAUCUGGGAGGAAAACUUUCCUGGUGACGCUUUGCUUUUCUUCUGCUUUUGGUGAAAAAGUGCCUCCUUCUUCUCAGGACCAGGACCUCUGCCAUCCAGCGCCACAAAGAGACAUUCUGAGCACACACACACAUACACACGCACACGCACACACUUGCCUAGAGACAAACUUAAGGUGAGGGGAAAGAGCUCUAGCUUCACUUGAUCUCCAGUCUCCAACUUCAGCAGGACUUGAGAACAUUUGAACUUCUGGAUUUCAGGACAAGUGAAGAAGAGUCUUGGGCUAUAAAGAUGAAGAGCCUACUUCUUCUGGUGCUGAUUUCAGUCUGCUGGGCUGAUCAUCCUUCAGACAACUAUACCUUAGAUCAUGGCAGAGUUAUUCACAUCCAAGCAGAAAAUGGCCCCCAUCUCCGUGUGGAAGCAGAACAAACCAAGGUGUUCUCACACAGAGGUGGCAAUGUUACACUGCCAUGUACAUUUUUUCGAGACCCUACAGCGUUUGGCUCAGGAACCCACAAAAUCCGAAUUAAGUGGACCAAGCUAACUUCAGAUUACCUUAAGGAAGUGGAUGUUUUUGUUUCCAUGGGAUACCACAAGAAAGCCUAUGCAGGCUACCAGGGUAGAGUGUUUCUGAAGGGGGGCAGUGAAAGCGAUGCUUCUCUGGUGAUCACAGAGCUCACCCUGGAGGAUUAUGGGAAAUACAAGUGUGAGGUGAUUGAAGGAUUAGAAGAUGAUACCGCUGUGGUAGCACUAGAUUUACAAGGUGUGGUAUUCCCUUACUUUCCACGACUGGGGCGCUAUAAUCUCAACUUCCAUGAGGCACAGCAGGCUUGUCUGGCCCAGGAUGCUGUGAUUGCCUCCUUUGACCAGCUGUACGAUGCCUGGCGGGGUGGGCUGGACUGGUGCAAUGCCGGCUGGCUCAGUGAUGGCUCUGUGCAAUACCCUAUCACCAAGCCAAGGGAGCCCUGCGGAGGCCAGAACACUGUGCCCGGUGUCAGGAACUACGGGUUUUGGGAUAAGGAGAAAAGCAGAUACGAUGUGUUCUGUUUUACAUCCAACUUCAAUGGCCGUUUUUAUUACCUGAUCCACCCCACCAAGCUGACCUAUGAUGAAGCGGUGCAGGCUUGUCUCAAUGACGGUGCUCAGAUUGCGAAAGUGGGCCAGAUAUUCGCUGCCUGGAAACUUCUGGGCUACGACCGCUGCGAUGCGGGCUGGUUGGAGGACGGCAGUGUCCGCUACCCUAUCUCUAGGCCAAGAAGGCGCUGCAGUCCUACGGAGGCUGCAGUGCGCUUCGUGGGUUUCCCAGAUAAAAAGCAUAAGCUGUAUGGUGUCUACUGCUUCAGAGCAUACAACUGAGCGUGCUCCCCGAGCACGGCAAGUUCAGAGUCAUUAAGAACAUGUGAAAGGUUUUUUUUUUCUUCAAUAUGAACUCAUGCAAGUUACCAAAACUGUGAUAACCCUUUUUUUACUUACUGUAAAGAGUCAUUUUCAUAAAGAUCAAUUCAUUAAUUUGUUUUUGUAAAGCUAUCAUUCAAUAUAUAUUAUAAAUUAAUAUAAUUCUAAGUGAAGUGCUACAUAAAGGAGGCUUUAGAGCCAAACUGUUUAGGCUACAUCAUCCCAACGGAGUAUCCGUCCAUGAAUGGGGCAUGCAAUAAACUGAGGACUGCCGGGAUUAAAUUAAGGAAAGUAAAGCUACUCAGAGCAGCAGCUUCCACAAGCACAAAUUUUACACAUUUGUACAAUUUUGAAAUGCACUACAACAAACAAAUUAGAGCAACAGACUUGAAAUGCAGGCUUCUUUACAUAAACUGAGAUUCUAAGAGGUUGCACAAAACUCAGUUUCACAAGAAAAAAAUCUACACUUUUCUAAAAGUUAAUAUUUCAAUUCUCCAAUAGAAUGUUUUACUGUUUAAAAUCCUGCCUUUUUGACCAAAACAUAUAGUAAAAUUCAUAUGGACUCCAAUGCAUAGUGAUAAGCACAGUUAAAACUCCUUAAUAACCCUGUUUAUACGAAGUAUGAGAUUUAAAUAAGCAGAUAAUAUUUAACCCAUGAGAGACUCCUACCUUCUUAUUAUUAAAAUUACACAUGCCUAAGAAGAAUUGUCUUAUCUUUUGAGUAGCUUUACUGAGUUAUAUUUAAAUUCUAAGGGCCAUUGGCUAAGCAGCAUUUAGCAUCUACUCAGGGCAGUUAUAUAGAUAAACUGCUGGACAGAAAAAUUGUAAAAUUUAGCAGCUUGAUUUUAUGUUAGCUUAUGAAAUGUUAUUGUCCUAUAAAAAUAACUUUAAGCUAUUUAAUAUUUCCUUCUUAUUUACAUUACAUUUAAAAUUUUAAUUCAUAACAGGAAUAAAUAACUACACACAUUCCUAACCAAGAAAUAAGGACCCAACUUUCAAAAUUCUUAUUUUUCUUAUUUGUAUUUACACUAGAAAGCCCAACUGGUGCCUGUGGUUGAGGAAAAGGAAGUCAACAAAGUAAUUCUAAACCUCCAUGAGAAAACGGUGGUGAAUGAUGUCACUCUCCUUGCUGGCCAUUGUUAGGUGUAAAUGAAACACUGAAGCUGUCAUCAAAGAGUUUACACUAAAAUCGUCAGGGCUGUAAGCGAAAGGGAAAAAAGCCAGCUUCAGAAAAGCAACUUCUGCAUCAGCAGCUCCAAUCUUAAAUAAAGCUCUGUUUUCCUAUAUUUUUAUGACUGUUGAGACCCCACAGGGACCAAUAUUUGUAUUCAAAUUACAUUUUAUGGUUUCCCAUUGUUUCACAAUGAGUUCUAAUAAAUGGGAUUUAGUAUAAUAAUCCAAGUAUGACAUAGCUGGCAUGCUUUCAUGAAUGUUUUUAUGUAGAUUUUCCUCCCAUGAACAUGAGUAAAUAAAUCUGUUUCCUGAAUUGAUUGUGGUUGCAUUUAAAGUGCUGUAAUAAUUCUAAUAAAUUUACUCUCUAAAUGUAGAUUACAUUUGUGGAAGGUAUAGAAUAAUUGGAAGUCCAUAAAACCAUAACUAUAUUCAUACAUUAUCCAGACAAAAUAUUAUAAGUAAAAGUAAAUCACUUCUUUUAUCAAGAACAUAGCUGGAAAUUUUCAGAUGCUUUAAUUAUUAAAAGAUAACAAUGUAUGCAUGCACAUUUUUACAUUAGAUUGGAUAUGCAAAUUGUACAAAAAUUACAAAUAUAAAUCCAAAGAGAUUGUGAGGUUUAACUCAAACACUGAUGAUACAAAUAGAACUUGAACUUUUAAGUUAAAAAUUCCUGAAUGGUCUCAAAUAAGAUAAACACUUUAUUUAAAGAUGGUACUAUCUCCAAAAGAGUGACUCUUAACACCUCAACUAUGGAGGUGAGUUCAUUGGAGGAAGCUUAUACUUGAACGAUUAUCACCCACAAUACAAGAAUUUUAUUGGAAAUGCAAAUGGGAACAAAUUUAUAUUGAACAGAUACAUAAUUUUCAGUUAUUGCUGCAAAACUCUACCUUUAUAAUGUUAAGCAUAGUCGCUAACAUUUCUUAACUUUUGAAUACUUAUUAGUAUAGGAAUCGGUGCUGAUCAAAAACUCUGGACUGACUGUUAGCUGAUUAAAAUCUAUACUGAUUGAACACCAUUUUUCCAAGCUUGUAAAAAAGUUCUUAAAAAGAAAACUGCCGGGCAGAAUUUUUAUCUUCUUACUUUCCCCUAAAGGAUGAGGAUCUCCUUACCCCUUUGGACUUCUACUUGAAUAGUUUUUUUUUUAAUGUUACCAUUUGCCUUUUUCCCACCAAAUGUCUUCUUUCCUACUUCAUUGACCAAGAUAUCUCACUAAGAAUGUUGGGAAAAGACAGAUUAUCCUUGUACAACUACUAACAGAAAGUCAGCACAACAUUGGUUAAUUCAGAAAUUGCCCCUCAAGCUUGGGUUGCAAGACUAUCAAGAAGAGAUAAGAUGGGACACUGGGUUAGAAAAUCUUGUUUUGAUCAUUCUGUCCUUAAUUAACACAUGUGGCCAUUAUCACAUAUAAGCAGCAAAGUUUAUCUUGGAGUUGGAUUGAGACACCUACAUUUUAAAACCCAUCAAUAAGACAUGAUUCAUAUAAAAAGAAUAGGAAUGGACACAAGUUAACCAUAUUAACACUGGAAGCCAUCUUUUAAUGACUGCUGCCAUAUUUUAUCACCGUAAUUUUUAGUCAGAUAUGGUUUUUGUAAAUUUAAACUCUCAUAGAAAGGGGGCCGGUACCUGUUAAAGUUUUAUUUUAUGCAAUAAUAUAGUCGCUUAUUAUUUUGGCAAUUCAAAGUAGACUCAAAGGAGAUUCCAAUUUGGUUGCUGGCAGCCAUACUGGGUUUCUUGAUUUCAGUGCUCCAAAGAAUAUGGUGGUCUCACAGAGUAGCCGACCACUGUGAGGGGGGAGUAAGAGAAUUACUCUCAGUUUUCAGCAUAGAAUGCAUUGAGAAUGAUCAAUGGAUAACUGACAGUUUUGUUGAGAAGUUAACUGUAUCAUAGCUCACUACUGCCAGAGCAGCAAUGAUGUACGAAAUAAAUACAAAAUACAAAAAGUCAUUAAGCCAUCUGAUCAAAAGACAAUCAGUAUUUAAAGGAAUUUAAUACCUACUGAAUACAAAUCUGAGGAUAAGAACCAAUCUGUAUUACAAGAAAAAAAUGUUUUCAUUUUCUGUAAGAUACAAUGAACUGGUAAACAAACAUUAAAAGACAAUUUUGUGUUACUGCA